GGGUUGCCGACGCGGAAUACUGGCAGUCUUGAUGCCCCGCCUCCAUUCAGGAACCCACGGGCCUCGAACUCCAUGCAGAACCUACGGCGAAGCCUUGCGGGCACAUUGUCUUCGCUCUCCAUCCGCUCACAGCGACCGAAGUCUUCUGUGGAGCCAUCGCCGCUAUCCCCCUCAUCGACGUCGCCGCCUCCCAUGCCUGCCCCGCCCUCGUCCUUCCCGUCUGCCCUCCGCCGGAACACCUCGCAGGAUCCGAGUGUGAACUCGUCACAGCGCAAGUCGACUGUGGGUGUCGGCCUGCGUCCGCGCCAGGCGCUCAGCCCGACUAUGCACGAUCGCGGGAGCAUCCUCGUGGAAGCGGGACGCAUCCAGGACGAGGAGAGCCGGCGGCUGAGUGAAAUGGCCUUCCUUGACUACUAAGUGAACUCUUAUCCUCCGCGACCUCCUUACUUGGAGGCCGACAUCGUUAUAUUGGGCCUUCGGUGCCGCGGGCCGCUCUCAUUCAUAUCUGUCUGUACAUCUGUAUCAGUAGACUGUCCUCAUUUUCAUUGGACACCGAUACCGUCAUUACUCAUUUGCACUUCGCAUUUCCGUAUCCCAGUUGCUUGCUUUUGCUCUCAGGAUCCGUGUUGCAUACUAUGUACAUCCUCGUCCCUGACAUCUCUCGUA